UGAUGUAGCAACAUUUGGAGUCGGUGCUGUUCAGGUUCUUGCUACGAUUUUAACUUUGUGGUUAGCAGACAAAUCUGGUCGCCGGCUUUUACUUAUUGUUUCUUCAUCUGCAAUGGCUUUGAGUCUUUUGGUUGUUUCAAUAUCAUUCUACUUGAAGGAAUAUAUAUCACCAGAUUCUGAUUUAUAUGCGACAUUGAGCCUCGUAUCGGUGGCUGGAGUUGUGGUCAUGGUUAUUGCAUUCUCUCUGGGAUUAGGAGCAAUGCCAUGGAUUAUAAUGUCUGAGAUUCUUCCGAUUAACAUCAAAGGCCUAGCUGGAAGUUUUGCAACACUUGCCAAUUGGUUCUUUUCCUGGUUGGUUACAUUAACAGCAAAUUUGCUCUUGGAUUGGAGUUCGGGAGGCUCAAUGUGGUUUGAAGACGAACAACAUAUGUAUGUGAAAUUCAAGUUUAGGCCAUGUGACACAAGCAUCAACGAAGACAGGGGAAAAGUAAUUCCAACAGGGAUUCUUCCACCAGAGACAGUUUGGAUUAAAACACUAACAUCUUCCCAAAAUAUUCUCGCAAAUCCCGAUAACCUGAUGGAUGAUAUUGCGCCGCGUUGA